GGCUCCGCGACCCAGGCAUCCUCCGCCUUCUCCCCCUCCCACAAGGAUCGCACUCCCCGCGCCGUUACAGCAGGCUCUGCCACACCGGGACCCUCGGGCACUGGAGAGGAGGAGAUGAUCUUCCAGAUCCCGUGGAAGCAUGCCGCCAAGCAUGGCUGGGACAUCAACAAGGACGCCUGUCUGUUCAGGAGCUGGGCCAUUCACACAGGCCGAUACAAAGCAGGGGAAAAGGAGACGGAUCCCAAGACAUGGAAAGCCAACUUUCGCUGUGCCAUGAACUCACUGCCAGACAUCGAGGAGGUGAAGGACCAGAGCAGGAACAAGGGCAGCUCAGCUGUGCGGGUGUACCGGAUGCUCCCACCCCUCACCAAGAACCAGAGGAAAGAGAGAAAGUCCAAGUCUAGCCAAGAUGCUAAGAGCAAGGCCAAGAGGAAGUCAUGUGGGGACUCCAGCCCUGACACCUUCUCUGAUGGACUCAGCAGCUCCACCCUGCCCGAUGACCACAGCAGCUACACAGCUCAGGGCUACUUGGGGCAUGACUUGGAGGUGGAACGGGCCCUCACUCCAGCGCUUUCACCAUGUGCCGUCAGUAGCACUCUCCCCGAAUGGCGCAUCCCAGUGGACAUUCUACCUGACAGCACCAGUGACCUGUACAACUUCCAGGUGUCACCCAUGCCCUCUACGUCUGAAGCUGCAACAGAUGAGGAUGAGGAGGGGAAACUCCCUGAGGACAUCAUGAAGCUCCUGGAGCAGUCGGAGUGGCAGCCGACAAGUGUGGAUGGGAAGGGGUACCUGCUCAAUGAGCCUGGGGUCCAGCCCUCCUCUGUCUAUGGAGACUUCAGCUGCAAGGAAGAGCCCGAAGUUGACAGUGCUGGGGGGGAUGUUGGGCUGAGCCUACAUCGCGUCUUCACAGACCUGAAGAACAUGGACUCCACUUGGUUGGACAGUCUGCUGCCCCCAGUCAGGCUGCCCUCCAUCCAGGCCAUUCCUUGUGCACCAUAACUGGACUGCUGACCCCUUUUGCUCCCCUGGACAAGCAGGAGUUUAUAUCAUGGUGGCUGUGGUACACAGAAGCAGGACUCUUAUGGGCCCUGUUGACAUGGCAAAGUGUGACCCCACUGCCUAGCAGGGAUGGGUUCU